AUGAAGUCUUCUACUGUUUCUCUCAUUCUUUUCAGUGCGACCUUCUUCGCAGUCGCCAAUGCUCACAGUCGUGUUUGGAGUGACUGGGUUGACGGCGUUGACCAGGGCGCGGGUGCUGGCAUUUAUAUUCGUCAACCUCCAAGCAACAGCCCCGUCAAAGAUUUGACUUCAGACGACGUCUUUUGCAAUGUGGAUGGUACAACUGCAGUGUCUAGUACCAUCUCUAUUGAAGCUGGUGGUACCCUUACUUCAGUGAUACCACGAUACCCGGGAGCGCACAGUGGUGACGACAUUAUCGCGUCCAGCCAUGUUGGUCCCAUUGUGGCUUACAUUGCGCCCGCUGACGCUACACCCGGAGAGGAUGAUUGGGUUAAGAUAUACGAGGAUGGUUAUGACGGUAGCGAGUGGGCUGUGACCAAACUGAUCGCUAACGAAGGAAAGGUCAAUAUUACCAUUCCUUCAACUCUCGCUGCAGGCGAUUAUCUGUAUCGUAUCGAGAUUCUUGCCUUGCAUGAGGCGGACACUUUGUAUUCCGAAAACUCUGCCCGUGGUAUCCAGCUCUACCCUUCUUGCCACCAGCUCACCGUCACUGGAUCUGGCAGCACAAGCCUCCCAAGUGGUGUCCCUUUCCCUAGUACAUACACCGACGCUGAGCCUGGCAUUUACUUCAAUGUUUACAGCGAAGAUGCUUCCACCUACGUUAUUCCAGACGGUGUAGGACCCGAUGUUUGGGACGGAACCGCUUCUUAUGAUACCUCUGGAUACACCGAUGGCUCCUCCUCCUCUUCAAAAGCCAUCACCUCCACCGUAUUGUCCACCGCCGUCGCUAUUUCUUCAACAACUGCUGUCACCUCUUCCAGCUCCAUGGCAGCUGUCUCUAGUAAUGCAACCAGUGCUGCUACUCUCGUUGCGACAUCUGCAUCUGCGUCUGCGACCUCCACUGUCAUGUCUACAAGCAACAGCGUCGUGUCUUCGUCUGUUUCUCCUGCUAUUUCCUCUUCUACUGCUGCCCUCGCCACCAUAAUAUCUACCACUUCUGUAGCCACCACUGCAACAGCUACCACGACGACUGCAACAACAACCUCAACCUCCGGUGUUGUUGAUGCUAACGUCUGCUACGACAACUGGAACACUUGCGUUGCCAAAAAUCGCCCAAGCACUGACACCAUGGCGUGCGACACCGAAAGGACCUCGUGCUUGUCGAACGCGACGAUCAACUACAACAUGGUUACCCGCGCUAAGCGAGAUGGCAAAUUCGGGAGACUGCUCAUCUAAGUGGUAUGGCCUCGUUUGCUUUAGUCAUGGCCAUUGGAAUGACUUCUGCACGUAGGAACUUCUUGCACAAUGGUUCUUGUGGUUACCCACUUGUUCAUGACUAGAUGUCGUGGAUAGGCACUUCUAAAACCUUUCCAGCCAUGACAUCGGACUCUUGACGAUGACGAUGCUUUGUGGUUCCUUCAUCAUACUCGCUUUGACAGUCAUUUUGUCUUUAUUGUACAGUACUACACGGAAUAUGUUGUCGGCUUGCCUGCCAACGAAAGUGAAAUCAGUCCUUAGUUCAAACUAAGUGUUUGACAGGAGACUUCAG